GCGCUGCUUUGGAGGCACCAGUCCUUCAGACAAUGUCAGCACCUUUCCAGAGCCCCGUGUUGCGAAAUUCGUGUCUGGGGAAAACUUCAGCGGAGCACUGAUGUGGUCAUUUUCUUGGCCAUCUUCUUCAGGCUUAAAAAACGCGUCUCCUGCCCAUUGUACCGGGCUGUGCUGUCCUGCAGGUCUUUUUAUGUGACCAGCAGACACAGAGGCCACACUCGUCGAGGCCAGAAGGUUCUUGGCCGAAGAAGACUCAGCCGGCAGAGACGGCAUGCAAAGAUGGCUUUGCACCUACGGGCCGGAAGGCCUCAUGACCAUCACAAAGAUGGAAAUGAGACACAAGCUGAAGCCACGGCCCAGGACACAGGGAGGCGUACUUCCCCAGGCAGGGUGGGUCUAGGUGUCUGCCCUACCCAAGGGCUGGGAUCUCGGGCUGCUCGAAGACCCCGAAGGGGUGUAGGGACUACAUCUGCCUCAAGGGUUCCUCGCCCUGGUGCCUUCAUGCCUGCAACAUGCAGCCGUAAAAUAUUCAUCCACUGCCGGGGUCAGCCCCCUCGGACCCAUGUCGGCUCCAAGAGACCCAAACGGUCCAGGAUCCGUCGAUGCCACACUCGGGUACCAGGCUGGACCCAUGAGAAACGGAUGGGGAGCAGUAUCAAGGAGGGGCUCCGACCUGUGCUAAGUCGGCUGGACCAAGAUGCAGACCUCCUGGAGGAAGAAGAAGCUGCCAGACUCCCAGUGACCUCCCUGGAGGAGUUCUUGCUGGAAGGGGACAAGCAGCCCAGUCCUAGUCAGGGCUCUUUCUUCUACAUCGGAGGCACCAAUGGAGCAUCAAUAAUCAGCAACUACUGUGAGAGCAAGGGCUGGCAACGCACUCAGGACAGCCGCUGUGAAGACUACAAGCUAAAGUGGUGUGAAAUCAAGUGCAGGGAUAACUACUGCAGCUUCCGGGAAGGCCAGCAGUUGCUGUUCCAGCUCCCUAACAACAAGCUGCUUACUACCAAGAUCGGGUUGCUCAGUGCUCUGCGGGAGCAUUCACGCACUUUGAGCAAAGCCAGGCUGCUUCCCAGCACCCAAGCCAAGGUCCUGAAAAUGGAAGAGUUUUUUCCAGAGACUUAUCGGCUGGACAUCAGGGAUGAGAGACAGGCUUUCUUCACUCUAUUUGAUGAAACCCAGAUAUGGAUCUGCAAGCCCACGGCCUCCAACCAGGGAAAGGGCAUCUUUCUGAUCAGGAGCCAGGAGGAGGCUGCUGCCCUGCAGGCCAAGACCCAGAGCAUUGAGGACGACCCCAUCUACCGCAAGAUGCCCUUCCGUGCACCUCAGGCGCGGGUGGUGCAGAGAUAUGUCCAGAACCCGCUGCUGCUCGACGGGAAGAAGUUCGACGUGCGCUCCUACCUGCUCAUUGCCUGUGCCGCGCCCUACAUGGUCUUCUUUGGUCAUGGCUAUGCCCGCCUAACCCUCAGCCUGUAUGAUCUUCAUUCCAGUGACCUCGGUGGUCACUUGACCAAUCAGUUCAUGCAGAAGAAGAGCCCCCUGUACAUGUUACUGAAAGAGGGUACUGUGUGGAGCAUGGAGCACCUCAACCGAUACAUCAAUGACAAGUUUAGGAAGAGCAAGGGCCUCCCCAGAGAUUGGGUCUUCACCACCUUCACGAAGCGGAUGCAGCAGAUCAUGGUGCACUGCUUCCUGGCGGUCAAGUCCAAGCUGGAGUGCAAGCUGGGCUACUUUGACCUCAUUGGCUGUGAUUUCCUGAUUGAUGAGAACUUCAAGGUUUGGCUGCUGGAGAUGAAUUCUAACCCUGCCCUACAUACCAAUUGUGAAGUCCUGAAGGAGGUGAUCCCUGGAGUGGUUAUGGAGACUUUGGACCUGGCGCUUGAGACCUGCCAAAAGAGCUUGCAUUGUCAGAAGAUGCUGCCUCUACUGUCACAGCGCCGCUUUGUGCUCCUUUACAAUGGCGAGACUACGGACUUGUGGCAGCGCAUAGGGGGCUGCUCGCGGCCCCUUGCGCGCCUGCCUCCAACGACGCCUCCCAGGUCCACCUGUGAAGCCGCAUCCUCUGCGCUGUCCUCAGCACGUGCCCCCGCAGACCGGUCUAGCGCACGCAAGCCAGGGCCUUCCAGGGGCACCCCCACAUGCACCUCCCGCAAAUCACGGCUGCCUGACUCCGGCCGUGGCUCCGUAGCGGAGUCCGAACCCUCUGUCUGUUCUGGGUCCCCGGAAGGCUGCAGGGACGCAGCCCGGGAACCCUCCCCGGGACCAUCCGAGGAAGAGCGCGAGGAGGAACAGAGGAGCACCAGCCACCGGGGCUCCUAGCUGCCCCAAGCAUCCAGCGGCCCCACGCGCCGCCGUGCCCUGUCCAGGACCUAUAAAAGCUACUUUGUGACAAAUGCGGCCUCCAGAAGCCGAUCCCACCUGGGCGACCCAAGCCCGUCUGUCUCCGCUCCUCUCCUUGCUCCUUGGUUGACCUUAGGGGAAGGAGGAGGAGCUGCAUGCAGAACGGGAGUGGGUCCUUCAGGAAGGGAAAAACUCCACCGGUCUCUUUCUUUCCCUGGGGUAACCCACCAAAUCCUGAGCCCCUGCUUGCGCCUGUCACUCAUCCUGUAGGACCCUCCUGA